AUGAACACUCAAGAAUCUAUUUUCCGCUCUGCGGAUAUGUCUUUAAUCCAAAUCUACGUUGCAGCUGAAAUAGUUCGAGACGUUAUUGCAGCGUUUGGCUCUAUGAGCAACGUUCAGUUCAGAGACUUGAAUAAAAAUAUAAGCUCAUUUCAAAGAAACUAUGUCAACGAAAUUAGAAGAUUUGAUAAUACUCAAAGACAAUUACGUUAUCUAUACAAAAUAAUCAACGAUCAACAUCUAGCAAUAAACUUAAAUUAUCAAUUAAUUGAUAGUAAUAUCAACCUCAACAAUAAUAAUGAAAGCGAAAACAACAACGAAAAUGAAAUUCAAAAUGAAUCUAUAAUUGGAAAUAUUUACGAUCCAAUAGACUUCGAUCCAACAACUCAAAACAAAAUCCAAUAUUCCCCCCCUUUAAAAUCCUCCAAAAUUGAUCAACUUAUUGAACUAAUCUCUCAUUAUGAACUGAAAAUUAAUGAUCUAUCAACUAAUUUGCGAAAUCUAUCUCAAAAGAAAUACAACCUAAUUGAAAAUAGACACGUACUAUUAAUUUCAAAUAAUUUUUUCUCUCGUCAAAGUCAAUUAAACCAAAAUAAUAAUAUCGAUAACAGAUUCUCUAUUGAUAGCUCACAUCAUGAUAAUUCUCCUCUUUUAGUAGAAGAACAAUCAAUUCAUUUGGAUUUUCCUACAAAUCAUAUUCCUAAUAAUGACUCAAAUAUAAUCGAAAACGCUAUAAUAAAUUCAAAUCCAUUACCUGCCAUAGACUUCAUAAUCGGCACUAUAGAAAGAGACAAAAUAGAUAAAGUCCAAACAAUUCUUUGGAGAACUCUUAGAGGUAACUUGUUUUUUAAUCAUAUACCUAUAGAUGAUCCAAUAGUUGAUGAAUCCACAAACGAAAAUAUUCUAAAAGAUGUCUUUAUAAUCUACACUCAUGGUAAAAAUUUGAUCAAUAUUACAAAAAAAGUACUAAUAUCUUUAAACGCCAAAGUUUUCAACAUCAACAAUAAUUACCAAAAUGAUUUUAACGACAAUAAUUAUCAAAAUGACCUAAACACUCUUAAUAGCAAAUUAGAUGAUUUAAAUCAAGUUCUUGAUCAGACUCAACAAACCUUAAACUUGGAAUUAUCCCUAAUAUCUGAUAAAAUCUACUAUUGGUCAAUCUUAAUUAAAAUGGAGAAAUCAAUUUUUAUAACAAUGAAUAAAUUUGAUUUUGAUAAUUCAAGACAUACUCUAAUUGCUGAGGGUUGGGUACCAACUUAUGAUAUCCAAUUACUUAAAAAUGCCCUAAGAGAUAUAACUGAUAGAGCUUCUCUAUCUAACAUGGAUCCAAUAAACACUUCUCAAACUGUCGCAGUGGUAAAUGUUUUAAAAACAAAUAGAACUCCUCCAACUUUUCAUAAAACAAACAAAUUUACACAGGUUUUUCAAAAUUUAUGCGAUUCUUAUGGAAUUGCAACAUAUAGAGAAGUUAACCCUGGAUUGCCAACAAUAGCAACUUUUCCUUUUAUAUUUGCUUUAAUGUUUGGUGAUCUUGGCCACGGUUUUAUAUUAAUGUUAGUCGGUUUAUAUCUUAUUAUAAAUGAAUUGAAAUUUUCAAAAAUUAAAAAAGAUGAUAUGUUUGAUAUGAUAUAUUCUGGUAGAUAUUUAAUUUUUUUAAUGGGUGUUUUUUCAAUGUUCACUGGCUUGGUUUAUAAUGAUAUCUUUUCAAUUCCAAUGACUCUUUUUAAAUCUGGCUGGGAAUGGCCAAAGGAUUUUAAUCCAGGUGAUUCAAUUGAAGCAACACAAAAUCCCAACCAUCCCGUUUAUUUUCUUGGAAUCGAUUCUGCCUGGCAUGGUACUGAUAAUGCUUUACUAUUCUUAAAUUCUUAUAAAAUGAAAUUAUCCAUAUUAAUCGGUUUUAUUCAUAUGCUUUAUUCAUUAUGUUUUUCUUGCGUUAAUUAUAAAUUUUUCAAUUCAAAGAUUGAUUUGAUAGGUAAUUUUAUUCCAAGUAUUUUAUUCAUGUCAAGUAUAUUUGGUUAUCUCUGCAUAACAAUUGUCUAUAAAUGGUGUGUUGACUGGUAUAAAAUUAAUAAGCCUCCACCAAGUCUAUUAAAUAUGCUAAUUAACAUGUUUUUAUCUCCAGGUACAAUUGAUGAAGAAUUGUAUCCUGGUCAGGCUUUUGUUCAAGUUUUCCUAUUGCUUGUUGCAUUAAUAUGUGUUCCUUGGUUAUUGCUAUAUAAACCAAUGGCGUUGAGAAGCAAGCACAACGCCGCUGUUAAUUCCGGCUAUACCUCUUUGCAUGAAGCAGAACUUGAGGAUUUUAGUAACAGAAUACAGGAUAAUAUAAGUGUUAGCAACAGUCAAUUUGUUAUUGUUGAUUAUGAAGAUAACUCGGAUGGAGAAGUAGAUGUGGAUUAUAGAAUUAAUACUGAAAUAACAACCGGUUUAUCGGAAGAAAGUCAGCAAAAAAAUUUUGAUUUUGGUGAUAUAAUGAUUCAUCAAGUUAUUCAUACAAUUGAAUUCUGUUUAAAUUGCGUUUCUCAUACUGCCUCAUACCUUCGUUUAUGGGCUUUAUCAUUGGCUCAUUCACAAUUAUCAACUGUCUUAUGGGGAAUGACUAUAAGCAGUGCAUUCAGUGUUUCUAAAACAAGUUUUGGGACUGUGAUUUUUGCGUUUUUCAUGUUUGCAAUGUGGUUUGUAUUGAGUGUUUGUGUAUUAGUUAUAAUGGAAGGUACUUCAGCAAUGUUACACGCUUUAAGAUUGCAUUGGAUUGAAUCAAUGUCAAAAUUUUUCCAAGGAGAAGGUUACGCUUAUGAACCUUUUUCAUUUAAACAAGUUAUAGAGGAUGGUGAUGAUGAUAUAUAA